AUUAAGCAAGGAAACAUAAGCGGUGUGGAUAUGAAAACAGUCAGUUCACUCCUUCUCGUCUCUUCUAGAUGAUUUUUUUUCAUUCUCUCAAAGCAGAAAUUAACAUGAAAAAGUCAGAGGAUAUAGAGAACCCAGUAUCGGUGGAUCAAAUAGAGCCGAGAUUAUAUUUAGGAAAUGUCACAGCAGCAGCAAAUAUUGUGUUUCUGAAAAAUCAAAACAUUUCUCAUAUUCUCACUAUUGAUUCUUUCCCACUACCAGCAUUUGUUGCCUCGAGCAUUAACAUCGUGACAAAGUAUGUACAGAUAGCUGAUAUGAAUAGAGAAGACAUUCUACAGUAUUUUCCAGCAUGUAUAGAGUUUAUUGAGAACGCAUUAAUGGAUCCCAAACAUAGUGUCCUCGUACAUUGCUUCUACGGCGUUUCGAGAAGUGCCACAAUUGUGAUUGCAUAUCUUAUGAAAAAAUAUUCAAUAAGUUAUCAGAGAGCCUUCGAAAGAGCGAAAUCAAAAAGAAGCCUCGUACAGCCUAAUCAUGGCUUUGCUCAACAAUGUAAACUGUUUUAUAAGAUGAAUUAUUCAAUUGAUCCAAACUGUAGGAACUACAAGCUUUUUCGAUUAAAACUGGCAGCAGAGCAAGUUAAGUUUGCAAAGAUACUUCCAAUGAAUUUCAUGGACCUUCUAAAGCCUGAUCCAGGAGUCAUUCAAGAACAUCCAGAACCAUUUGUUUAUAGAUGUAGAAAAUGUAGGCGUAUAGUAGCAUCUAAAUCCAAUCUUAUUUACCAUAAAGUACCAAAAAGGAACGAAACUUUCGAAUCACCUGUAUCAAGGCGAAGAGAAUCAGCACAAAAGUAUUUAAAUCAUUUAGCUGGUGAGACGUCGGAUCAAGAUGCCAUUAUUGACAUAACAGAUAAAGUCCUGUCAGCAUCAUUGAGUGAUAAAUCCCUUUCGGAAGGUAAAGAAGAGCAACCAAAGAUCCAAAAACAAGAAGAAGCUGUCGAGUUGUGCAAUAAAUUUUAUUUUAUAGAGCCCAUAUCAUGGAUGAAGGAUGUGAUUAAUAGUGUUGAGGGUAAAUUAUAUUGUCCUACAUGUAAAACAAAAAUAGGCAAUUUUAAUUGGAUCAUGGCCAGCAAAUGUCUUUGUGGUACUCAAGUUUUUCCAAGCUUCUAUUUAGUACCAUCGAAAAUUGAUUUCUCAAACUGUGUACAGAACAUUCUACAAGUAACGAUUUGAAAGGAUUCGUAAGGCUCAUAAAUCACAUGAUUAUCUUACAUACCCUCACACACACACACACACUACAUAAAUAUGAUCUCGACAUUUACAUCUCCUAAACUCGUGCUGUUUGCACAAAUUUACAGGAAAUGCUGCGAUGUUAUGACUUAUCUAGUUGUUUUAGUCAACAGAUCCUUACGACGUACUUCUCACAAUCUUUAUAGUUUUAAAUAAGAACAUUUUAUUGCUCAUAACGUGCUUGAUGUGAUGACUCAAAAUGAUGCUAAUCGUUCUUCCAUGUUUAUUCUUCUCUAGUCUCGGUCUAUAAGAAUUUCUGCAUAUUGCAAUUUGCUUAUUCUCUUCUUAUACCUUAUACCUUGGAUAUUAAAAAUAUAUAUAUAAAUCUAGUUCACAUUUUCAAAUUUUAAUAAAUAUACUUUUUUGGUGUCAAAGACAUAAAUAAAUUUCCA